GCAGUUACGUCAUGCUCAGUGUAUAGUAGAUGGCACUAGUAGUCAGAGAGGUGGAAUCAGAAGAGAAAAUACAUUCAUUAGUAUACACAUUUUUUUAAAAUCGAAGUUGUAUAUUCGAUUUGAGAUUUUGUAUCAAUAAAUACAAUUUUAACUUUUUGUAAAUAUCCUCAGUGCUUCCUGAACAUCAUAUAGAAUUAACACACUACAUUAAACAGUGAGUGUACUUGAGUAUUGUGCAUUGAAAAUGGCGUCGUGCAUGUUUGGUUGGGAUCUGAUAUACAAACUUGCCGAAAAAGAUAUAAACAAAAAGGAAGACGUUUUACUACUUCUCGUACAUUGGUAUUUAGUGAAAAGUGGUCUCAAGUGUGUUGGAUUGGGAGAUGAUAAGACUGUCCCAGAGAGUGAUGAAGGUAGUGAAACUCUCCCGGAAGGAUGGAGUGACAAUGCAGUUUAUGCAUUGCGUUAUGUUCAUAAUUCAAGUUUGUUUAUUUUACAUGGCACCACUUCAGAAGAUGAUAUUAUUUUCAACUUAAUGCGAGCUUCUGAUAUGGUAGUAUCAAAUGUGACCUUCAACGUAGAAGAGACAGUAAAAGCACUCACUGGGCCAAUUGAAACAAUUAUUCCGACCCAUUGUGCCGCUCUUGAUAGUAUCAAGAAAGACCUCAUUGAUCCAGUCUUUCAUGGCAAACAGAGAGCUGCUUCUACUCAGACUGCUGAAGAUCCUCUCGCCGGACCUGAUGUCCUUCCAAGAAGCUUUCCUGAUGAUCCCGAUCCUUUACGCAUUGGUGCACCAAGACGAGCUGAGCCAUCAGGGUCUCGAUGGGAUCCACUGCGUGAUCCACUUUCUGUGGGUCGCUCUGACCUAAAUCCAUUCGCUCCAGGAGGUGGAAUGAUCUUUGAUCCUUUCAGCGGUAGAGGAAAUUUAAGAGAUCCUGAUGUUAGUGGAAUUCCUGGGGGACUGCCAAGAGGCAGUGUUCCACCAGGUGCACGCUUUGACCCAGUGGGUCCUCCAAUAGGCCGUGGUCGAGCUUUUCCUCCUGAUCACGACCAUCUUCCUCCUCCAGGAUAUGAUGAUAUGUUUAUGUAAACCUCAUUUUUUUUCUGAUUACAAAAUAUUGUAUUGAUAUUUCUCUCAUUUUGUGUUCUGUGUUGUAUGAGCACAAUGUAAUUUGAUAUUUGAAGUGGUAUAUCUUAACUUGUGCCUUUUUGUACAUACAUUACUUAUGAAAUGCAAGUGUAUUAAAAUGUUAUUCAUGCUGUUUUAUUUUUUUGAUGUUUAAAAUAUUAAUACACCAUAGGCAUAAAGUUAAUGGAAAAGUUUCUUUGCAAUUUAACAUUCCUCAUCAGAUUCCCAGUUUGAGGUUAGGUAUUUGCCUAUUAUCUUAAUGUUUUGAAGAUGAGAAUAAAUGAUGUCGAAACACCAGGACCACAAAGAGGCAAGAGUCUGGCUGUUUAAAAACACAUUUUUACUUGAAUUUGUAUCAAAUUUAAAGUACAUUUUUAUGGAGACUUUUCAAAUAUGAGUGCAAUCAAUUAAAUGAAUUUUGGCAUGGGCAUUCUCCAAGCAUAUCUUUAAAUUUUCCUAUGAAUCAUGAGUUCAAGGAGGAGUAAUGAGUAACUGGUUUGCGUAAUAUGGGAUACAUAAUAUUUUGUAGUUGCUGAUAUUGCACACUUGAAAUUUGAGUAAAAUUUAGAAGCGAGUCACAUCAAGAAUAAAAAUACAGUAUUUCUAUGGAGGCUUUGCAAUAACUCUUCACCACUAUUUAAAUAUUUGUGAUUCAAAAAUAUCAGUACCAAUUCACUUAUUCCAUUCAUGUGAACAGUCUCAUUAGCUUAUGAUUGAGAUGCACUAUAACAUUCUGAAAAGAUAAAAACUCCAGACUUGGGAAAAAAUUGAAGCUACUUUCAAGUGUACUUUAUUUAUUGAAUGAGUGGUCCUCUCAAUAGAAAAAUUUUUCUUUAUAAUGAUUGAUUAAUAUUGUAGGAUAUUGUAUAGAAAAGAAAACAGCAAAUAAAUUUUAAAUCGAUUUUCAGUCAUUGUGACAUCUCAGGAAAUGGAGGCAAGUGUUGCUGCAACAACAUCAAAAUAGUGUGUCCGUGCCAAAGGUUCUUCCAAAUUCUCGUUCUUAAAGGUGUUCAGAGAGAUAUAAUAACAAUAAAAAUGUAUUUUUUUAUGGUGUGGCUCAGGCCGUAAGCCUGCAAGUUUUGCAAAAUUGAGCCAUGAUGCAAAACUGAUAAUCCAAAAUGUCACUUGUCAUCAUUUAUACCCGAAGUGAAUAGUGAACAAAAGAAGGGUAUGUUUUACAUUUACAGCUGAGAUUCACUUCUAGGGACGAUCCCAGCAUACACCUGAAGCUAUUGAGUAGCCCAGAAAAAACCUCAGUCUGGAUGGUGGCUUAAGCUCGAACAUAUAAAACUAGAUAUGAGAGUUAAAAGUGAAAAUAGAAGAAAAGGGGGAAAAAAACAAUGGAAGUUGACAAGAGGAGAAAGUAAAAUAUUAUAAUAAAAAGCAUAUGAAGAAGUAAGAUGGGAAAACAUAAUACAUAUUAUAAUCUUGCAGAGAAUUGUAUAACUGACUACAAUUGAGGACAUAUGCAAUAUAUAAUUAUAAAUAAAUAGAAGCCUGGGUCAUCCUGAAAGCCAUUGAAUUAGUCUCCCAAAAUGGAGGAAAGCGCAAAAUAGUAAUUCACUCAGACUCAAUGGCUACCUUACAUGCAAUAGUCAACAGGUUUUCUAAAAAUCCGAUAAUUCAAAGAAUCCAAGAACAGUUAUUUACACAAGAAAACAACGGAACCAUCUCUAUUGUUUGGGUUCCAGCACAUAAAGGUAUAGAAGGGAACGAAAAGGCAGAUAAAGCGGCUAAAGAAGCAACUUCAUUACCAACAAUGGACAAGAGUGUGAAGGGAGUUCUCUCUGAUAUUAAACUAUAUAUUAAAAAUAUGGUUAAAAAACAGUGGAAUGAAAAAUG